CGCGUGCAAAAAAGCUAUUUCCACUCAUCCCGAUCGAUCCGGGUAGCAUUGGAUUCUUUGUGAUGAUUUUGUCAAAAUAUUCGAAAAAACUUGUCGAAAAAAUGGAUUCAGUAUUAAAAUUCAACAUUUAUAAUGAUGAUCGCGAAAAAAUUUUCAAGAUCGUGCAAUAUGCUUCGCAUUUGAUAUGUGCAUUACAGUCGAAAAUGGCCAAUAAUGCUGAAACAGUAUUACGAUUGAAGCAAAUCGAAUUGAUGAUGGCUCUAUCUCGACAAGCUUUAAGAUUUGGUAAAUUUUCCGAAGCAUUCAAUUCGUCGAUACAUUCGAUGCGUUUGCAGGACAAUUGGAUGCGUACAACAUUAUCCCUAUCACGUAUAUCAUAUGGUCUUUAUCUUUUAUGCGAUAAUAUCGUCUGGUUAUCCCGAAUCGGUGUAAUUCGUUGCAAUGAACAGCGAUUCUGUGAACUUGCUCAAUCAUAUCUGCUAUAUUCAUCAGCAUUGGCUGCCGUCAAGAAUAUUUAUCAAUUGAAAUUGAUUGCCGAUAAUCACAAUGAACGAUAUGGUCACAACAAUAAUUCGAUAAUUCAAUUGUUAAUGAUGAACAAAAUAUUGGCAAUGGAAUUGGGCAAGAAUUUGUGUGAUAUUUGUUUAUGUUUACAUUCAUUAGACAGAAUACGACUCUCGCCAAUCAAUGUUGGCCUUAUGGGUCUAAUUUCUUCAUUAAUAUUUCUAUUGAAAAGACAUUGAUGAAUAGUAAUAAAGAUGAUGAUGAUGGAUAA